AAUCGAUAUAACAUAUAUUAAUACAGUAAAUUACCAAGUUAGUAAACGUGUCGCUCGUGAAAUGUGCACACCAAUAUGUCGUCAAUAUACCUUAAAUCGAUCGCCAAUUACUUAAAAUGUUGGGGAAUUGUCCCAAGCUAUGAUUUUGAGAAGAACAUUUUGCAUCAUACUCCGAGAUAUCGCGUCAUUCCACAAUGGUCCUUAAUGGUGAUAUGUUGCUUAGCAACCAUCUUUUCUGCACGUGAGUUACUGAAGCGACCUUAUCUGUUCACCACAACUGGAAUUAUAUUGAACAUAUUAAGCAUGAUUGGCAUAUGUUGCAUGAUUCUAGAAUGUUCGACAAUGGCGCAACAGUGGGAACACAUUUUUCAGCAAGUCCAUCACAUAGAAAAUGUGUUGACGCCCAAGGUUAAUGCCCCAAAUGUAUUUUAUAAAAACCCGUUGUUCCAAUUUUCUUUACUAAAUUUGUGUACCCUUUUUGCAAUUUUCACAAGUGCAUUUGCAAACGGAGACUCCUGGAUGUCUGCGCCUCAGUACGUGUAUUUUUACCUCACUUCUUUGGCUUUUUUCUUAGGCAUCAGUUUAUUAACAACGAUGAAAUUAAAAUUGAAAGAACUCAAUGGAUUAUUUAACAUGACCUCCAACUUUGCGGUUCGCUCCAUCAUACAUUGCCACGAUUUAUUUUUCAAAUUGCUCGAAAUCGUGGAAAAUUUUAACAGCCUUUUUGGAAGACAAAUCCUCAUCAGAUCGUUGUACGACUUCGGCAGUAUAUUGAUAACUGCCUUGUACCUGUAUUGCUACAGAGACGGUAUGCCCUAUUUAUCAAGGACACAUCUAGAAAUCAUGACAUUGGCACGUAUUUCCAGUUUUGCUUUCAUAGUGAUAACACUGGGCAUGCAGUUUACGGUGAUGUUGUGUUGUGACUUCGUCGUCAGAGAAUCGGAGAAAUUGUUGGUAACGUGCAUAGAUCUGCAGCGACGUUUUCCUCUGGAUUCUGCCGAAUAUCGAGAAUUGCAAAGUUUCGCCGACACCCUUACAAAACGGAAAAUCUCAUUCUCAGCCGCUAACUUUUUCAAAAUCAAUCGUUCCGCUAUGUUCUCGAUGCUGGGGACAACGCUGACGUAUUUUAUUACAUCAAUCCAGUUCAUCGAGAAGCCAAAUAAAUAAACGCUUCAAUAGUAUGGCAACAACACAAAGCACUGUCAUUUUCGAUUUACAAUAAAGGCACUGUUUAA